AUGAAGACGGUGCUCCCCGUCCAAGACGCGGCAUCAGCGACCAGGGUGGUGCAAGCGGUAGAGGCGCGGGGGCAUCCAGUUACUAAUUUGGCGCGCGCGGCCGGAUAUGCUCAGGGUACCGUGAUACGCAGCGGCGCCGCUAAAAUGCUCGAGGUUUCGCGGGAGUACCGCUGCCAGAACAAGACGUGCGGCGCGGUCUUCAGCGUGCACUCCGACAUGAGCCAGGGGAACCUGCUCGCGCCGCCGACGAGCUGUCCCGGAGUGGGCCAAAAGCAGUGCAAGGGUACGAGGUUCAUGGAGCACGGGGAUCACAAGUACAGCGAUUACCAAGAGGAACAGGCGCAGAAGCUUAGCGUCGGAUCCAUCCCCAGGUCCAUGGUGAUUCUUCUGCAGGACGAUCUGGUGGACUCCUGCAAGGCCGGGGAUGAUGUGGUGAGCAAACGAGGGAGGGGCCGGGGGGUCAGCUCCACACUUAAAGUGAUGAGAGGCUGGCGCGCGCGGUUGCGCGCUGUGGUGAGCGAGGAGCUUCGGCAGGAGUUCGUGGAACUGUGGGAGGCCAACGCCCACCGCCCGCUUGCCGUCCGCAACCACGUCAUCGCCAGCGUUUGUCCUCAAGUCUUCGGACUCUUCACCGUCAAGCUCGCGAUCCUGCUGACCCUGAUCGGGGGAGUCACCGAGACCGAUCCAAGAGGAAUGAGACGCAGAGGCACGCCACACCUUCUCGUCGUCGGUGACCCGGGGUGCGGGAAAAGCCAGUUCCUGCGAUUCGCGGCGAAGCUCAGCCCUCGGUCUGUGCUGACGACCGGUGUGGGGACGACCAGCGCAGGGCUCACGUGCUCCGCUGUGAAGGUGGGCUGAGGGGCGCGUUUGGCCGUGUGCGUCUGCGCCGCUUUUGUGUUUUCCUGCUACCACGGACGGCAUCGUUGCCUUUUGAUGGCCAUGUUGAUGUUGUUGGUUUUGCUGUUGUUGUUUGUGUUGUUGUUGUCGUGGUCGUCGUCAUAAUCAAAGCCGUUGUUGCUGCCGUCGCGUUGACGUUAAGAAACGCUGACACAACUUCUUCGUCUAG